AUGGAGGGCGAGGAGGUCGACUUUGGCGACGCUGAGGAGAUGGCCAAGGAGCCGGAGGCUGGAGGCUCGUCGAAGGGUGCGGUGCGCGACGCGGCGGGCCGCAGGAUGAAGGGGCGGGGAGCGGCGGGCAGCACGCAGACGAUGCAGGACGAGGGCGGCGAUUACGACAGCAUCGACAGCAAGGGUGGGAGCACCAAGGGCCCGGCCAAAUCAAUCGAGGGCUGGAUCAUCUUUGUGACCAACUUGCACGAGGAGACGACCGAGGACGACCUGCAUGACGCCUUCUGCGACAUCGGCGACAUCAAGAACCUGCACCUCAACCUCGACCGGCGCACCGGUUUCGUCAAGGGCUACGCCUUGGUGGAGUACGAGAAGCAAAAGGACGCGCAGGGCGCCAUCGAUGAGAUGAACGGGUCCACCCUCAUGGGCUCGACCAUCAGCGUCGACUGGGCCUUCUCCGCGGGCCCGAGCCGGGCGGCGCGGUAGCACAGCGAUGAGAGGCGGCGGCGCCCUGGACCGCCAUGCCUCUCAGACCCAGACAGAACAUUCAUGCCGCACCGGGCUGCCGCCAGUUUGCGCCGCGCAUGAGCCGAACCGGAAGAGACCUUUCCCAAUACAUACAUGUGAUAUCUCGGCCCGCGCGGCGACGCAGAGCCAGAGGGACUAUUUUUUGCGGGUUUUCUU